UAUCUCAGCUAAUUGUUUUUCACUUUCUUUUUUUUUUUUUGUAUUUUUUUCACCUACAAAAUCUUGAUCUCUCUGUAUCUCGGAUCACUCAUUUCAUCUCAAUUCUCAGAUAUGUCGACAUCUGAUGAGCCGGAAGUGCUGGAAAGGGGUAGCAAGGAUGAGAAGCACAAGGAAGAUGAGAAAGAGGAAGGGAAGGGUGGAUUCAUUGAAAAGGUGAAGGAUUUCAUUCACGACAUUGGUGAGAAGAUUGAGGGAGCUAUUGGGUUUGGGAAGCCUUCUGCUGAUGUUACUGCGAUACACAUUCCAUCAAUUAAUCUUCACAAGGCAGAUCUGGUUGUUGAUGUGCUCAUAAAGAACCCCAAUCCUGUGCCGAUCCCCCUGAUUGACAUAGAUUACUUGGUUGAGAGUGAUGGAAGGAAGCUAGUUUCUGGGUUGAUACCAGAUGCAGGUACCAUCCAUGCACAUGGAGAACAGACUGUGAAAAUUCCUCUCACUUUGAUUUAUGAUGACAUCAAGCAAACCUAUGAUGAUAUUAAACCAGGAAGCAUCAUUCCUUAUAGGGUGAAGGUGAGUCUCAUUUUUGAUGUUCCCAUCUUGGGAAGGCUAACUUUACCUUUGGAGAAAACUGGUGAAAUCCCCAUACCUUAUAAGCCUGAUAUUGAUCUUGAGAAGAUUCAUUUUGAAAGGUUCUCCUUUGAAGAGACAAUUGCAAGUCUUCAUUUGAAGUUGGAAAACAAGAAUGAUUUUGACCUUGGCUUGAAUGCUCUUGAUUAUGAGGUUUGGCUUGGUGAUGUUAGCAUUGGUGGUGCUGAACUCACCAAGUCUGCUAAAAUUGAGAAAAGUGGGAUUACCUAUAUUGAUAUUCCAAUUACCUUUAGGCCUAAGGAUUUUGGCUCUGCUCUCUGGGAUAUGAUUAGAGGAAGGGGCACUGGUUAUACCAUGAAAGGAAAUAUUGAUGUUGACACUCCCUUUGGAGCAAUGAAAUUGCCCAUCAGCAAAGAGGGUGGUACAACCAAACUUAAGAAAAAGAAGGAAGACCGUGAUUAUGAUGAUGAUGACGACGACGAUGAGGAUUAAAGAAGAAUUGUAGCAGGUUAUUUACUAGUUACUAAUAAAAGCGGACUUGGACUUUGUGGCAUUACUUUAUGAGUUCUGAUGGCAUUGAUAUGUAUUUUUAGAGAUCAGGUUGACAUUCAAAGUAUGAGAUAGUAUCAGAAUUUUAGUGAAAAUAUGCUUCAGUUUGGCUUGUUUUCUUUCUUUGAACCGUGCUUUUGUUGUACUUAAUUGAUUAUCAUGAGAAUCUAUUGCUGGAUAAAAGAUAAUUUGCCUUGGAAUAGUAUGUGGUCGGAUUUAUCUAUUUA